GAUAAACGAGUAGGAGACUAGAUUUAUACGCUAAUGAGGGGGAGACAUAGGAUUUGACGGUUUUGCUAAUGCGAAAGCCGAAAAUCCCGUUCCAUUGUAAAAGGUCCAGUAAAAUCAACAUGGUUGAACGAGAAAUGUUCUAUAUUCGUCAUUAUACGUGAAGUGCAGUUGUUUUUCCGGUGUGGUGAUAAGUAUGCUAAAUUAACAGUGAGACAGAUGUUUGUAUAAAAGUUCGACUGUCAAUUAAAAUUCGCAAUGCUGAAUCAGGCGGUGGUCGAGGCCCUUUAUUCAGCUACAUACAUCGAAAAUUAUCUUGAUUGCGUUGAGAAUCUUCCCAACGACCUUCAGAGGCAUUUGUCUCGCCUACGCGAGCUCGACGCCACUUGCCAAACUUAUCUUCGAGAAGUUGAUCAACAUCAAGAGGUACUGUCUAAAGGAGAAACUAAUAGCUCUACAAAAACUCGUGCUUUAUUGCGUAUUCAACAAGCCCUUAUAGCUGCGCAAGAAAUUGGAGAUGAGAAAUUACAAAUAGUACAAGUUGUACAAGAUCUCAUUGAGAAUAAAACAAGGCAGUUAGACAUGGAUUUUAGAAAUCUUGAUUUUGGAAAGGAGCAAGAAACGAGCGAACCAGCUAGAGAUACUAAUUCUAAUGUUAAUACCAAUUCUGGUAGUAACACCAAUAAUAAUGAUAGGCCAACUAAACGAGCGAGGCGAACUAGAACAGAAACACUGGUAGAGUCUGCCCAGGCAAUGGACAUGAUCGUGAUGUCUGAAAAUCGAUCAUCAAAUAUUCCAAGUUCUUCGAAUGGCAAUCAAAAGAGAACAAAUACGACCAAUACUGGUAAAAAGAAAAAACGUAAAUCAAGGCAGGGCAAUCAACAAAAUCAACAUCGCGAAGAUACACCACCACCGCCCGAAGAUGAUCUUGCAAUAGAUCCCGACGAACCUACAUAUUGUCUCUGUGAUCAAAUUUCUUAUGGAGAAAUGAUUCUGUGCGAUAAUGACUUGUGUCCAAUCGAGUGGUUCCACUUUUCAUGUGUGUCUCUAAGUACAAAGCCAAAAGGCAAGUGGUUCUGUCCAAAAUGUCGUGGAGACCGACCAAAUAUUAUGAAGCCCAAAGCUCAAUUCCUUAAAGAAUUGGCUCUUUAUAAUAAAGAGAAGGAAGAAAAGUCGUAGCAUUAAAUAAAUGUGAAAUUAAAAAUUGCACGA